UCAGUUCUUCAAAUCCUCAAAAUUCGUUAUUUGAAUUUAGCGCGCCUCUCAGUUGAACCAAUGCUGCCAAUAAUGCUGACGUAUCACCCCAUUCCCCCAUCCCAAUGUUUUGCAACAGUGCCGCCACCACGCCAUCGCGGCGACUCGGCGCACCAAACCGAACCCCGAAGAGCCUUUUCUGGCUUUUCCACCAGUUUCGCUCACUUAAAAACCCCCCAGUGGUGCCCCCCAUGUGACAAAAACCCCCAGAACACCCAGUGUUCCCACAUUUACUCGAAUGUGACUCCCCACCCUUCGAGGUUAUGUCAACCAUGGGGGCCGCCCCCGGCCUGCUCGACCUCCCCGAAGAGGUAAUCUGCGAGAUAUUCCGCUUCGUGGACGCCACCGCCCUCUACCUCCUAUCAAAGACUUGCACCCACCUGGAGUACAUAAUCCGCAAUAACGUAAGUCUGUGGAGAUUCAUCGACGCCCGCCGUAGCCCCAACAGCAAGGAGAAAAUUUGUUAUUGUUUAGAUCGGUGCUACGACGACGGCAAGACCUGGACCCACACUCUCCUCUUCCGCGGCGACAACAAACGGGAAAUCCUCCUCCCGACCACGAUCCUGCCCAGAAUCGGGACUUUCGCGAAUCUGGCGGUCUUGGCGUGCGAGAAGCUGUUCAUCAACGGGAAACUAUAUAAUGUGAUGACGUUCCCGUCGCAGCUGCAGGAGUUUAGCCUGCGCAAGACGCAGGUGUCGUGCCCGUUGAAGUUUUUCCAAGGCUCGGGGCAGCACUUCAACAAGUUGCGGGUGCUGAUUUUGGACGAGUGCGACUGGUUGACGAGUACGGCGUUCAUGCCUAUCGCUAAGUACCCCAAUUUGGAGAUUUUGUCGGUUUAUAAGUGCAACAACAUCGAGAACUCGAUAGCGUACUUGAGCAUGGCGGGACAGGGGUUUAAGUCGUUGAAGAUCUUUGAUGCGAGAUUAUCACCCCUCGGUAAUGCUCUGAUUCGGGCUAUUUAUAGGCUGCAGUCUUUAUUGGCGAUUUAUUUACAGAAUAAAGAUGUUAGUUAUAAAAUGGAUUACUUUAGGAGGAAGCUGGAGAUCGCGGAAGGAAACCCAGCUCGGGAUUUUUUAGAUGAAGAGGAAUUCACGAUAGCUGAAGUAGAAGAAGACAGUCUGAGACUGAAUUGUGAGGAAAAUGAGAUGCUAGAUGAUAAUGGUCUUAUAGAUUAUUUGACAGUUCCUAGCGGUAACAAAGAAGCGCAGUUGCCGCAAAGCCUGCUUUAUUUUGACCCGUACAACCCAUGCACUUGUGGGUUCGACGACCCCCAAAAAUGGAAAAAGCAGUGUGACUCCCCGUUUGACGACGACGACGACGACGACGACGACGACGACGACGACAACGGUUACAGGAACAACAAACGCCUCCUCAAGUCAAAAAUCACCAAAACCGCCCAACUACUCCAAAUGUGCGACACAAACAACUACAGUCGGUGGCUUCCGGACACCAACCGCCCCCAGCACCACGCAGACACCCUCAGAUCCUUCCUGGAGUCGGAAGCCGCCACCUCCAUGGGGAACGUCCACAUCUGCAUGAACAUCUCAGUGGGGCCUCAAUCCUCCCAACGGUUCAUCUACAGUUGCGGCAGCUCUAACGACAAGUCGGACGAGCCCCCAGCGAAGCGCGCUCGUACCGAGGAGCCCGUGGCGGGCCCCAGCGGGCUCAACCCCAGUCACUCGGACUCGGAGACCGACGAGCCCCCGGUGAAGGGCCAGCGGCCGCCGACGCCCCACCCCGACGCCGGCAUGAACAGCCCCGAGAACGUGGUCUACAAGAUCGUGUUCGAGGACGCCCCCAUCGUCCACAUCGAGAACAUCAGGGACGUCAAUAAGAACAUGAAAGUGUCGCUGCGGCGGCUGUCGCUCCGGGGGCACAAGAAAAUCACCAAUACGACGCUGCAGUACAUCGCGGAUUUGGAUUUGGAUUUGUUGGAUCUGACGUACACGAGCGUCACCUAUGACGCGAUUCAGAAAUAUUUGCAGAGCCAUCCGCUGUGUCGGAUCGUGCACGAGAGAUUUUGUACUUGCUUACCCAAUUUGCAUUUUUAGGGGGUUUAUUAGAGUCGUGUGAGGAUACUUUUAUAAUAAAUUAUUUAUUGUGUA